UUUUUUCCAAUUGAGACUCUAAGGACUAAAAAUUUUGUGUCCCUUUGAACCAGAGAAAAGCUGCCACUAGAAGACACAUUUCAGCAACAGAGUCCAACUGGUCAUCUUUGUAUUCAUAUAUAUUCCCUGAGACCCCAUCUCGUAUAUAGCUAGCUCUCUCUCUCUACAACAUGAAAGAUCAGGCAAUGGAGAGGAUUGAAGGAGAUGAUCACCGUCACCAGAGCUCCUCAUUUCUUAAGAGGUCUCCCUCUUCUUCUGUUGACAAUGUUGAUCAGAAACCCCACACGUCAUCAUUUGACGACGGUGAUGGUGUUACUCCUAAUAGAAGCACAGCUCAAGGGAAGCAUCUAGUAGUCCACGGCUACCACCAUCAUUUUCCGGCCGCCGCCCGUCAUCGUCAGAUGAUCGGCAGCCUGUCGAAAUCAUCCCUGUCAUCAUCGACUCCGGUGAGACCUUAUGUUCGGUCCAGAAUGCCUCGGCUUCGUUGGACGCCUGAUCUUCACCGCUGUUUUGUGCAUGCAGUUGAAAGGCUUGGCGGAGAACAAAGAGCCACCCCAAAGAUGGUUUUACAGAUCAUGAAUGUGAAAGGCCUUAACAUAUCACACGUUAAAAGCCAUCUUCAGAUGUACAGGAGUAUGAAGCAUGAGCAAGGCAUACAAGGUACACAUGUACAUACAUGCAUGCCCUCGCUCCUUUUCACUCUUGACUAAUUUUCAUAAUUAUUUUGGUCAUUUAAUUUUAUUGCACAAUAUAUAUAUAUAUAUAUAUUAUGUAUUAUAUAUUCCCUUCAUCAUGUAUUAUAUACAGCAACAUAAAGUAU